AUGGACGAGCUAGACAAGAGAACCACUCCGGCAUCGGGACUACCUAUUGCCUUUCAUGGCACGGUCAUUCAUUCCAAAUCAUUGGAUGACCUCGAGAUCCUGGAGAACUGUUUUCUACUCAUCGGCAAAGAUGGAAAAAUCCAAGCUCUAGUAGCAGAUGUCCAAGCCGACCAAAUAAACGAUCUGCUGUCAGAAAAUGGCUAUGCACCCGACGUAUUUCCAGUGAAACACCUGAAGCGCGGAGAGUUCUUGUGUCCCGGCUUCGUCGACACCCACAACCAUGCCCCACAGUACGCGCAGCGGGGGAUAGGAAGAGGCAUCGACCUUAUGGAAUGGCUGAACGAAGUGACCUUCGCCCAUGAAGCCAAGUUCAAGGAUCCAGAAUAUGCAAAGAAAAUGUACACCCUUUGCGUGGCGGGCUUCCUGCAACAAGGCAUUACCACCGCAUCAUAUUAUGGCUCGCACCACGGUCAGGCAACUCAAAUCCUCGCAGAAGUGUGUUUUCAAAAGGGGCAGCGCGCCCUCGUGGGAAAAUGUAACAUGAAUCGCAAUGCCCCAGACUGGUAUCGAGAUGCUUCGGUACCGGACUCACUCCACGAAACGCGCGAGUUCAUUCAAUAUGUUCAGCAACUUGAUCCUGAUAGUCAUCUGGUGAAACCAAUCCUGACGCCACGAUUUGCGAUAUCGUGUGAGCCCGAUUUGUUGGAGGGCAUUGGAGCCAUUGCUGCUGAGCAUCCCGAUUUGCCAAUCCAAACACACUUCAACGAAGCGAAACAAGAAAUAGGAUUUACAAAACAGCUAUUUCCGGAGUUCAAGACGGAAGCAGACCUAUACGAGAGAUAUGGUCUUUUGAAUAAUCGAUCUAUUCUUGCCCAUUGCAUCUUCCUCCAAGAAGAAGAAAUCAAUCGUAUCAAAGAACUUGGUUGCGGAGUCGCCCAUUGUCCGAUUUCGAACACCACCAUGCAGGACUUCAUGAUAGCGCCUAUACGCGAAUACUUGCGGCGUGGUAUCAAAGUUGGACUGGGGACUGACAGUGGUGGAGGGUACUCGUCUUCAAUCUUGGAUGCCAUGAAGCACGCGUUUAUUGUGUCUGUCGCACAACAAACUGCGACCAAGGGUAAGGACCCUGCGUUGUCUUUGCGCGAGGGCUUUUUCCUUGCCACACUGGGCGGUGCGCAGGUUUGUGGCCUCGAUGAUAGGGUUGGAAAUUUCGUAGUGGGCAAAGAGUUUGACGCUCUUGAGAUUCACACAAUUGAUCUUGAUCGCCCUGGGAUAAUGAGUCCGGUGGAAGAUGAAGACUCAACAAAGGUGAUAUUUGAGAAGUUCCUUAUGACUGGUGAUGAUCGAAAUAUUGUCAGAGUCUACGUGGGUGGGCGAUCUGUCAAGGUUUAG